CCAUAGUCUCCUACUACUGGUUGGAAGAACCUCUCAAACCCCUCAUACCUUUCUCCUUCCUCUCUUCCCCUCUUGUGCCUGCCUCUUCAUAGCUCUCUUCUCCUCUCCUCCCCCCUCCCAUCCCCAUAUCACACAGUGCUCUCUCUGUUGUUGUUCUCUCUUCUCCAUGUCCAUGCAAGCACUACCAUCUUGCUUCUUUUUUUAGUUUGCUUCUUCCCUGUUUGCUUCUUUCUGCAUGCGUCCGGAUUUUUAUAAAACAAGAGCAGGGAGCAUAAACAACUCCACGCUUUAAAAAUCAUUGCUUCCUUUUCCAAGGCUUCCUUUUAAACCUAAAAACAAGACAGCACUCUGUUUCAAUUCGAUUUUUUCCCCUACUUUUUUGGAUUUGUAAAUUUUUCCACUGCUCCCUAGCCUAGUAGUACAUCAGUACAUGAGCUAGCGGAUCAGCAUGGCAGGCCUCGACCUCGGCACCGCCGCGACGCGCUACGUGCACCAGUUCCACCACCUCCACCCGGACCUCCAGCUGCAGAACAACAGCUACGCCAAGCAGCAGCACGAGCCCUCCGACGACCACGACAACGGCAACAACAACUACGGCGCCGGCCAGCAGUACGGCGCCGACAACAACAACAACAACGAUGGCGGAUCCUCCUCCUCCGGCCCCGGCGCCGGGGGCGGCGAUGGCACCCCUGGAUCAGGCGGGGACGUGGUCGCGCGCCGCCCCCGCGGGCGCCCCCCGGGGUCCAAGAACAAGCCCAAGCCCCCCGUGAUCAUCACGCGGGAGAGCGCCAACACGCUGCGCGCGCACAUCCUGGAGGUCGGCAGCGGCUGCGACGUGUUCGAGUGCGUGUCCACGUACGCGUGCCGGCGGCAGCGCGGCGUGUGCGUGCUCAGCGGCAGCGGCGUGGUCACCAACGUGACGCUCCGCCAGCCCUCGGCGCCCGCGGGUGCCGUGGUCACGCUGCAGGGGAGGUUCGAGAUCCUGUCGCUCUCGGGCUCCUUCCUCCCUCCCCCGGCUCCGCCGGGUGCCACCAGCCUCACCGUGUUCCUGGCCGGCGGGCAGGGCCAGGUCGUGGGCGGCAACGUCGUGGGCGCGCUCUACGCGGCCGGGCCCGUCAUCGUCAUCGCAGCGUCCUUCGCCAACGUCGCCUACGAGCGGCUCCCGCUGGAGGACGAGGAGCAGCAGCAGGCUGCCGCGGCUGCCGCCGCGGCAGGAGGUAUGCAGCAGAUGCAGCAGGCGGGGGAUGCUGAUGGCCCCGGGGGAGGCGGCGGCAUGGGUGGAGUCCCCGGAUUCCCUCCUGACCCGUCGGCCGCAGGGCUGCCCUUCUUCAACCACCUGCCCAUCAACCACAUGGGCGCUGGUGGUGCCGGCUCGCAGCUCCCGCCCGAUGGCCACGGCUGGGCCGGCCCGCGGCCACACUUCUGACCGGUGCCUUUCCGGGAGAUCCAUUGAUAUGUGAUUGCUGUCAGAGGAGGAGAGAUCGAAGGCGAGAAGCACACAAACUUCAGGAAGAAGAAUGAGCAACGCAAAGGGUUUGCCCUGCAAAGGUGCACGUAUACGCCUCAGCUCAAGGACACACCAUCUAUCUACCGCAGUACUAUUUCUACAUCUCUGUACAAUUAAUUUCCUAGUGUUUUGUCGAUCUCUGAUUCUGUCGUUCUUCUCUUGUUCUUCUUUUCUUCUUCUUCUUCUUCUUCUUUCUUUUCUCUGUUGAACUUUGAUGGAGAUCUGUGGCCUGUGUAACCUUGUCAAUCUUGAUUUUCAGUAUGGCUUUAAUAAGUAUCCCUUAAUUUGUCCGAGCGCA